AUUCCGGAAACUCUUGAAACUAUUAUUUACCUUAUUAUCACUGCGCGUUAGUUCAAGAAUUCUGUAGGCCAAACCAUUUGUUUUCUUUAAUGAAGUGACACUUCGGGAACUGUACCAAUCUAAAUAUAAUCAUGUCGGCAAACCCGUAUGAUCCAAUUACAACCACAGACUCGUCCUACCUUGCUGAUGAUGACUGGGGAUUGUCCCUGCCACCCUUGAGAUACAAGACUUAUACAGGGGUUUCAAGGUUAAAGCGUUUCUGCAGUGAAAUACGACAUCACCCAAAAUGUCUGAUUGCUAGUAUUGCUACAGUGUGUGUGAUUAUUUUAAUUUCAAUAAUUAUUGCUGUUGCCUCCAAUGACCAUGGUGUUGAAGUUAACAAAGAGGCUUUUGCAAAAUGGACAGAUAAAAGCGCUUUAGUUUUUUACCCAAAACCUCAAGAUGGCACUGUUCUCAUAUCAUUUGUUGCUGAUGACUUUAAAAAAUCAGAAAUUCCCUCAAUCAAAGCAUCAUUGAACAAUGUCACAGCAGUCUACAACUCAGCCCUACAGCUGGAUGACACUUAUGCAGAUUGCAGUUACACCAAUGCUCCUUAUAAUAAAACUUGCAAGUAUACCAAAAAUAGUUUUGGUGACUGGUGUGUUGCAACAAAUAACUAUGGUUAUGGCUCUGGGCAGCCAUGUGUCUUUAUCGAACUGAACUUGAAAGAAGAUCAGACGAUGCAGCUAAUAAAUGACAGUAAUUCUCGUUUGUGGAACUUAUUAGAUGAUGAAAUAAAGAAACAUAAUGAUCCAUCGAACAUACCAUUUACUUGUAAAGGCACAGAUAAAAAUGAUGAAAAACUUCUCCUGAGUGGACCUGAAUAUGGUGGUCGAAUUUUCUACUCGCCUAAAACAGGUUUUCCAUCAUUUAUCUACCGAAAGAGAAACACAGAUAUGCCUUUCCUCAAACCUGGAAUAAUGUUACAGUUUCCUUCCCUUUAUCCAAAAGAGUUGAUCCAUGUGACUUGCACAGUUUGGGGCCAGAUAUACAGUUUGAGUGGCACCAUUUUGCCUCAUGACUUGUUGACAACACAGUUUGCUAUUUAUUAUAAGUCCUAGUAAUUCUGUUUUGCUGGAUAUUUAUCUAGGUUAUAAAAGUGCUUCCCGAAGCAGCUGUGUUUUUCAAUUUACAUCUGAUUGACAUUAUGCAAGGACAUUUUAUUCCUUAUGCUCAUGUUCCAUUCCUUAUUUUUCAUCUUGUGUUCAGGAAUCAUCCCUCCUUUUUAACCUUUGUCAGAGAUAAAUAACAUUUUUCCCUGAUAUUAUAUUAAGGUUGUCAGUUCAAGGAUUUUGCAAGUGCUUUUUGUGUAUGAUAUUACUGGUAAUUUUGGUAGUGUUCAUUGAAUCGCUAUUGUUGGCAGCAUAAUGGAAGAUAAUUACCAUCAAUUAAAGUGUCUGUAAAAUUUAUAUUUUCCAGCGCUAUUGUAACUUGAAAAAUCUAAAUAUUAUUAAAAUACUUACAAAGUUUGUUGUAUUGAAAAUUGAAAUUUUGCAUUUUUAACUAGAAUUUAAUAGAGAAAAUAUUUUUUAAAUGUUUAAACAUUUUUACUUUUUUUUUAGAUAGGUCAGCAGUCGGAAGUAUGUUAAAAAUGUGUGUUUAAUUGUCUGUCUACUGCUAAUACACAUACGAACGCUCUAUUAAUAUUAACUGGUUGUAAAAGUUUAUUUAAAGCAUAUUAAAAUUAUUAAUUCAAUUGAAAUUCUCUUAUAAUCACUUUAAGAACAAUCUAUCUUUUUACACAUGUUUGAAAUUUGAUGAAUAUAUUUCUUUGUUAAAUUAUAAGCAAUGUGUA